AUGGCUGGCUGGGCCCUUGGAUUUUUCGCUCAUGAUGAGCUACAGAAACUGCAAAUCCUUCUUUAUAAAGGAGAAAUGCACAGUCUGGUGGUAUUUGCCACAAAUGUGAGCUUUCGAAUAGUUGUUGCUGGAGAGGACAGUAUGUAUUUAUACUCUUAUGGGCCAAGAGGAUAUACUCAAAACAUACUUGAGCAGGUUGAAUUCCUUCCCGACCAAGUGCAACAUGACAACGAAAGCUUCACACACUUGAAGGAGCUAUGCAUGGCAAGCGCUUAUGCAUCGGCAACGAGGUACUUCGAGCUAGAUAUUGUGUCAAAUUCGUGA